AUGAUGGAGAAAGAGCCCCCCAACUCCAGCGAAGGCCAGCAAGGCUGGUUCUCAGCCAGGAACGGCAGUGGCAGCUCCUUGGAUCUGGAGUCUGUGGUGCAGCCCCUCGCCUUGAACCUGUGGGACGUUGUCCUCUGCAUCUCGGGGACCAUCAUCUCCUGUGAGAACGCCAUCGUGGUGGUGGUCAUCUUCUACACCCCGGCUUUCCGCGCCCCAAUGUUCCUCCUGAUCGGCAGCUUGGCCACAGCCGACCUCCUGGCAGGCUUGGGGUUGAUCCUGCACUUUGCCUUUGUGUACUUGAUUCCGUCGGAAGCGGUCAGCCUGCUCACCGUGGGGCUCCUGGUCACCUCCUUCACGGCCAGCGUCAGCAGCCUGCUGACCAUCACCAUCGACCGCUACCUGUCCCUCUACAACGCCCUCACCUACUACUCGGAGAGGACGGUCACCAGGACUUACAUCAUGUUGAUCCUCACCUGGGGAGCCUCCAUCUGCUACGGGCUGCUGCCCGUCAUGGGCUGGAACUGCCUGAAGGAGCCCUCCGCCUGCAGCAUCGUCAGACCGCUGACCAAGAACCACCUCAUCAUCCUGUCCGUCUCCUUCUUCGCGGUGUUCGCGGCGAUGCUGCAGCUGUACGUGCAGAUCUGUAGGAUCGUGUGCCGGCACGCGCACCAGAUCGCCGUCCAGAGGCACUUCUUGGCCAGCUCCCACUACGACACCACCCGCAAGGGCAUCGCCACCCUGGCCGUCAUCCUGGGCACCUUCGCGUCCUGCUGGCUGCCCUUCACCGUGUACGGGCUGCUGGGCGAUGACAGCUCCCCGGCCCUCUACACCUACGUCACCUUGCUCCCCGCCACCUACAACUCCAUGCUCAAUCCCGUCAUUUACGCCUUCAGGAACCAGGAGAUCCAGAAAGUGCUGUGGGCCGUGUGCUGCGGCUGCUUCUCCUCCACGCUGCCUUUCCGCUCCCGCUCCCCCAGUGACGUCUGA